AUGAAACAAAAUAGUCUUGUUUUAGUCUAUGUUAAUAAGAAAUUUGAAUUCUCAGAUAUGAUAAAGAAUGUAAAAGAAGACUACGCUUUCGAACAUUUUGUGAAAAAGCUUUGCCCAAAUGUUUGUAAUUUUGAUGAGUUUAAUAUGCUGAGUAAGGACAACAGCAUUCAAUACUCUUUGAAUAUUACAAGCGAGACUUUUUUGAAUUCUGAAUACAACUUCGCGAAGAAUUUAAGGACAAACAUGACUUACAACAAUAUCAACAUCUUAUUCAUCAUGGUUAAGAAUUAUGAGCAUAUAUCCUAUCUGGAGGAGCUUUUGGGUGAUGUUACUAUCACCAUCGAUCCGAUCAAUGAUUUAUUAUUUAGAUACCAAUCGGAUAACAUUCAAGAAUUUACGACCAUCCUUCGAAGAU